AACAGGGACGUGGAAUUUGUACGUACCGGGUAUGGAAAGGAUAUGGUCAGAGUUCUCCACAUCCAACGAGAUGGCAAAUACCACACCAUUAAGGAAGUGGCAGCAUCGGUCCAGCUCACUUUGAGUACCAAGAAAGAUUACCUCCUUGGAGACAACUCUGACAUCGUCCCCACAGACACCAUCAAGAACACCGUCCAUGUUCUGGCAAAAUUCAAAGGGAUCAGAACCAUUGAGACCUUUGCUAUGGAUAUUUGCGAACAUUUCCUUUCUUCAUUUAACCACGUUAAUCGAGCCAAAGUCUAUAUUGAAGAGGCUCCCUGGAAACGUUUGGAAAAGAAUGGAGUGGAGCAUGUCCAUGCAUUUAUCAACACUCCCACUGGAACUCAUUUCUGUGAAGUUGAACAAUAUCGAAAUG